AUGACUACUGUUGGUGGAUUACCAACGAAGAUAUGGACCUCUAUACAAAUUUUAGCCCAGGAGACUGGGAAAAAUGUCAAUCACCCGACAGCUAUAAUUAUUGGGAAAGCUGGCGAGUUAUGGGGCCCUAUUCAAGCAACUAACCUAACUCUACAAGUACCUUUUUCUUUUAGGCAUGGACAUGAUUACCAAAAGGAUACAAACUUAGAAAAAUCGAUUACUGCUACCAAUCAGUUAUUAUGGUCAAAGAAAAGACCAAACAUUGACAAAAUAUAG